CAGUUCGGCCACGUCCCUGGCCACGUCGCGCCCGCUCUCGCCAUCUUCGCCGCUUCAUCUCAGGGGCCGCCGCCGCUGCCUGAGCCACCGAGCGUGGGGCCGCCGCGCCGACCGCCGCCGCCAUGAACAUCUUCCGGCUGACGGGGGACCUGUCCCACCUGGCGGCCAUCGUCAUCCUGCUGCUGAAGAUCUGGAAGACGCGCUCCUGCGCGGGUAUUUCUGGGAAAAGCCAGCUUCUGUUUGCACUGGUCUUCACAACUCGUUACCUGGAUCUUUUUACUUCAUUUAUUUCAUUAUAUAACACGUCUAUGAAGCUCAUCUACAUUGCCUGCUCUUAUGCCACAGUGUACCUGAUCUACAUGAAAUUUAAGGCAACCUACGAUGGAAAUCAUGAUACCUUUCGAGUGGAAUUUCUGGUGGUCCCUGUGGGAGGCCUCUCAUUUCUAGUCAAUCAUGACUUCUCUCCUCUUGAGAUUCUGUGGACCUUCUCCAUCUACCUGGAAUCGGUGGCUAUCCUGCCACAGCUCUUCAUGAUCAGCAAGACCGGGGAGGCGGAGACCAUCACCACCCACUACCUGUUCUUCCUGGGCCUCUACCGCGCCCUGUACCUCGUCAACUGGAUCUGGCGCUUCUACUUCGAGGGCUUCUUCGACCUCAUUGCUGUGGUGGCCGGCGUUGUCCAGACCAUCCUGUACUGUGACUUCUUCUACUUGUACAUCACGAAAGUACUCAAGGGAAAGAAGCUCAGUCUGCCAGCGUAAGUGCCAAAGACCAUCAGCAGCCUCUGUCCUUCAGGGUGCUCGGACGGAAUUCUUACCACAGCAAAGGCACAAGAUGCUUGAGACGGAAAACCAGAAACUUAACUCUUUUGUUGCAGAUAGUCAUCAGUGGCUCUGUAAGAACCCAGAGGGAAAGAACCAGAGGGUUUCUGUUUAAUGCAUCUUGCCUUAUCUUUUUUUAUUACUAUGUACAAAGAUUUUUUUACACAAAGAAACAAUGCUGUAUUAAUAAAUUCAGUGUGUAGCUUCAAUUGGGGUAGUUCUAAAAGUGAAGAUUUUGUGAGGAAUAAGUGCAAACUUUUUUUUUUUAAUUCUUUGAAAUUGUUGAUUCCUUAUAUCUGCAAUGAAAUCGUGCUCCUUGACAGCUGGAAGGUUAUGUAUCUUCCAUCUCUCAAACUGCAUUCCACUAUAUUUAUUUUUUUGCCAAAAGAUGAAUUAUCUUUGUUUGAAAUCUGAGAUAGUAUGUCCGAUUUGGUACAUCUGUUCAAAUUUCUUCUCACCUGACGUGGAAAUCCUUCUUUGGAUGUCACAACACUACAUUUAAGGCUGGUAAGGAUGACUUGCAAGUCUUAGGUUUUUCAUUACCGAAAUUUUAACAUUCUGAAUGUAGAUGGAGUCUCAGUUAAGAGUCACCAAAGGUGCCUGCCCUCCUCCCCUACUGAGAAGCGUCAGUUUGAGACUGUCCCAGUGGUGUCAGAGAACUCGGUGGGCAGGGGCUUUGGGCUGCUUGCCAUCUCAGUGUGUGUGUGGGAGACACUGAUGAUUAUUUUGGAUCUAGGACUCCUCUGAGGAAUGGAACAUUAUCUGUCAUUUUAACUUACAAUUCCAGAAGAUUACUACAAGCAUGUCCAUGCUCAGAUUCAGGCUGUUUUCCAUAUUACUCUUGGACAGUAAAAUGAUUUUCUUUAUUUUAAUUGGCAGCACCAAUUGCCAUUCCUUUUACUCUUACUUUUUUAAUUUUUUGUUGUUUUUAUUGAGCUCUUGCAUGAUUUAUCUUGUGUUACCAUCCUAAAUAAACAUUUUAUUAAACGUAGAAUAAAUUGUCUUUUUUUAAUGAAUUAGGCUUUUGGAACAUCCUAUGUCAGGAUGGGUUUUUUUUUCAAUUGGCAACAAGAGCUCUGUAUAGGGCUGCAAACAUUUGUUCUCCACCUAGUAAUCUAAAACUUUCUGUAUUUUGUGGGAAAAUUGGAAUUUUCCUCCUGAUUUUGCCAUUAAAUUAAUUUGCAGCGUUUUUUUGAUUUAUGCAAAAGCAUACGACUUUGUUUUUAUGUGAUGCACCAUUGUUAAAGUGUUGAAUACUAACAGUGCUUACUACAAGAAGGGUGUAGUAUUUUUGCUUGCUGCAUUAAAAUAUCUUGUGGAGGAAGGGCGCUGGAUGGGUUUUAUUUUUAUCUUAACAUCUUUCUAAAUAGGCGGUGUAACUGUGUAGUUUAACCUCCCAUCUUUCUCUCGUUUUGCUUCCCCUCCAUUGCCUCAUGUCUUUGCUUUUGUGUAUCAGAGUCUCUUUCUUUCUGGCGUCCUAGUCUCAGUUUAGUUUCCGUUUUUAUCCUCCUUGGAAAAUUCUGAUAGCGUGCAGGAAGGGUGGGAAAUCCCGUCAUAAGUGGAGGAGACUCCUUGCUGCCCAAACUGGGCGUGGGUGGGGGGCUCACACAUGAUUUUGUGCAUGUAACUCAAACACAAGCUGGGAUCAUUCAUUGGAGAGCACCCUGCAUAGAGCAAGGAUCUGGACCUCGGCACGCCACCUGAUCUAUGAAGUAGCAAUGCCUCCAGUUAUUCUGCCCAAGUGAAAACAGAGUUGGUUGAGAUGUUGCCACCACCUGUGGCCCACCACAGUGACAUCUUAGCAGGCGCCUGAGGCGGGGCGCGGGGCUGGGGCAGAGUCCUGGCCACGUUGGAAACAAAGGCGUUGUAUCACAAAGCACUGUUUCAGAAUUACUUCACUUCCUGAAUAAAGGUUAUCAGGUAAUUCAUAUUUUUCAACAA